AUGUCCAGUUUGCAGCUGCAGAUCGUGGUACUCCUAAGUUUUUACAUUCAGAUGAGUCUAGCCGAGUGCCCUAGGUUAUGCGAAUGCAAGUGGAAGAGUGGGAAGGAAUCCGUAAUAUGCCUGAACGCCAACCUAUCAGUCGUACCGCUUCACUUGGACGCCGGUACGCAGGUUCUAGACCUAACAGGUAACAACCUGGCGGUGAUCAGGCACGAGGAAUUCAGUAGAGCCGGCUUGAUGAACCUACAGAAAGUAUACCUGGCCAAGUGCCGACUGAAAACGCUUGAAAGAUUCUGCUUCAAGAACCUUAUAAAUCUAGUCGAGUUAGACUUGAGCUACAACGUUUUAACCAACGUCCCUUCCCACUCGUUCGAUUCAAUCCAAGAACUGAGGGAGCUCAAAAUGAACGGCAACCCCAUCCAAAGGGUGUUCAACAACGCGUUUAUCAACCUCCCACAACUAAUCAGACUAGAGAUCACCGAGUGCAGAAUCCUAACCAUCGAACCAAGAGCCUUCGUGGGUCUCGAGAAAUCCUUGGAGUGGCUCAAGUUGGACAAGAACAAGCUGACGGACGUGGCGGCUUCCACCUUCACCAUCCUCCAGAACUUGCACGGCCUAGAACUAGCGGGGAACCCUUGGAACUGCUCCUGUUCCCUUCGGCCUCUUCGGGAGUGGAUGCUGAGGCAGAACGUACCUUUCGACAUACCCCCGGUGUGUCAGUACCCCAAAAGGCUGCACCUGAAGUCCUGGGACAAGCUGGACCUGGACGAAUUCGCUUGCGUGCCGGAGAUCUUCGCCUACGACAGCAGGGCGCACGGAAUCGAAGGCAGGAACGUAACGAUGACGUGCAGGAUAGCGGGGAUACCGGAGCCGAACGUGAGGUGGUUGCUGAAGAACAAAGUGAUAGCCAAUCUGUCGGGUUCGCCGUACUCCAGUGGUAAGAAAUUGUACAUGGUGCACUUAAGUAAUAAAUCCAGUGAUCUGACGAUAUUCAGUGCCGACCUCCAGGACGCGGGUACCUACGUGUGUGCCGCCGAGAAUAAGGCGGGUAGAGCGGAGGCCAGCGUCACUCUGGCCGUGUCCAAGAAGCCGCCCGAGAGCGGUUUCACCAACAAGGUGCUACUGGCGAGUGUGUGUACGGGCGUGGCCUUCGUUCUGAUAUCCUGCUUGAUAUCGCUGUGCGUGUGCUCCGUGCGGAAGAAGCAGGUGAUGAGGUGGCGCACCCGCGAAUGUCGCAGGGAGGACAACUACGAAAAGAUCGAGAUGAACCACAAGGUGGUGAAUACCAACGGCGGGGUGGGGGCCAAUCCAGAGCAGAUCGCCGUGGUGUCGAGCCGCAGGAACGGGGAGUACAGGGUAGUGCCGGGCGGCGACACCGACCAGGAGGCGGAGGAAGAGGAGGAGGGUAACGCAGAGUCGGGGUCCAAUAGUAAGAAGGGGAGUAACGCGGACGAGAAGAGUUUGGAGAAGAAUUGGAAUUCGCCAGAACACUUGUUGGAUCCUGAGGAUCUGCAUAUCCCUAGGAGGACGUUGCAGGAAACUAGAGACAAAGUCAAGACGAACUGCAAUUCGACGUGUGGUACAUAUAAGCAGUACCCGCACCCGCCGGCCAAUCCGCCGACGCCCAUCCACUCCAACGCCCUGUUGAGGCGGUACGGCCCAUCCACCAGCACACACUCCUACGUCACCACCUGCAACAAGGAGCUGUCCAGGGUGUCGGAAGACGCGGAAAAACAGUUUCCCGACCUAUUGGAGAGUUCGCCGACCAACAAGCUGUCGGGAAGUACGGGCUCGAGCAAAUACUUGGACAAUUUCUCCACGGGGCGGUUCUGCGACGGUCGCAGUUCGAGGGCGGCCAGUGAUAGUGGUAGUGUUUCGGACAUUAACGAGAUCUUCUGCACGCUGCCUAGGAAGAAGGACUUGGCGCACAGCGCGAGGUACCGCAGCAGCGAUAGUCAGUCCCCGCUCCUGUCGGAUAGUAGAUACGGCAGCAGCGGAGGAGAGAGCUAUCUCGGAAGUCAGGAUAAUGGGUUCAGACGUAUGUCCGACUCCCAAAAGUAUCCGCUUACAACAAAUUUAAACAGAAACAGGGUAAACAAGAUAUCAAGCAGCUACUUGAAUCUGACAAGGGAGGAGACCACCCCUGUGGACAUGAGCGCCACGCCGCUCCUGGACGUGUCGAACCUGGAGAGCCGCCUGUACAACAAGAGAGAAAGAGACCCCAUCUCCCCCACGUCGAACGCCGCCGCCGCCGCCCCAACCGCAACGGCCGCCGCCAGCACGUACGACUACCACGCCGCCCAGCUGGAGAGGUUCCUGGAGGAAUACCGCUGCCUGCAGAAGCAGCUGACCAAAAUGAAGGAGACCUGCGACACCCUGUGCCAGGAGAGGGGGCAGCUGCUGACCACGUCGCCCGUGACGCCGUGCUCUUCCGACAGCGUGAAGAACAGUUCGCAGUCCACUAUCGCGGCGGGAUCUCCCAAUUCGACGCAGUCGCUGGAGGACUCGGUGGAUUUUCGGAAUUUCGAGAACGAACUUACGAAGUAUCUUCUGUCGAAAGGUUUGUCGCAGAACUUCGGCGGUGGCGCUUUCAAUAACUGA